GGCGUUGGCGUGAUGUUUUUCUUUUCCAAGUCUUAAGUAGAUGCCAGUGAAAUUGAUAGUCGUUUGAGAGCUUUUAUCCAGACAGUAAGAAACUCUCCAUGCCGCUGGGAGACUCCCCUGAGACGUUUCUUCAGUCAUGAUUCGGAUUUGUUGGCCCGUGUUUGUGUUGCUACUUUUUGUGGUCCAGGCUGUUGUGACGAAAGCCAAAUCUGGAGACAGUCUAAUAAGAAGAAAAAGAGCCUGGCUUCCCCCACCACUGAAAUUGGAGGAAAAUGUGGACCACACACAAAAGACUUCUGUUGCCAGGAUUCAUUCAGAUUUAGAUGAUGGUAAAGGAAAUCUCAAAUACUUCCUGAAUGGCCGUGGCGCAAACCAAGAUCCCUUCCAUGUGUUUGUAGUUCACGAAAGAACUGGAUUUAUUCGUGUGACCCAAUUACUUGACAGAGAGUUCAUCAGUAUGUACAAUCUUUCUGGUGUUGCUAGGUACAAUGAUGGCACUCUGGCAGAGGAAAACAUCGACGUACGAUUCAAGGUUACUGAUCAGAAUGACAAUGCACCAGUGUUUGAAGAUGUCUAUACUGGGCGUGUGGAUGAGCUUACACCGAGAGGGACUUUUGUUAUGAAAGUCGCGGCAACGGAUGCCGAUGAACCAGACAAUCCCAAUUCCCAGGUUUUUCAUACCAUCAUAGACCAGACACCACCUCAUGACAUGUUUUACAUGAACAGUGACGGGUCCAUCUUCAUCAAAAACAAAUUAGACAGAGAGAAAUGUGAUCAGUAUAUCCUGACAGUAAAAGGUCAGGACCGAAAUGGUAAACCAGAGGGGAACACUGGAACUGCCACUGUUACAAUAGCUGUUGGUGAUGUGAAUGACAACCUACCAACUCUGGAAAAAGAGCAGUAUGAAGGUAGCAUUGAGGAGAACACAGAAGGUGUGGAGGUGAUGAGAAUCAAAGCACAGGACCUGGACCUGCAAGGCACUGACAACUGGGAAGCUGUAUUUGAUAUUGUCAAGGGCAACGAGGCUGGGUAUUUUAGCAUUAAAACAGAUCCCAACACCAACGAGGGAAUCCUAAUGCUUGAUAAGGCUGUGGACUAUGAAGAUGUAAAAGACAUUGAACUUGGACUAUCUGUGAGGAACAAGGCUCAGCCAUAUGGAUCUGGGACAAGUGCUGGAAUAACUAUUGGAGGAGGGGGGGGAGGAGCAGGGGGAGGAGCAGGGGGUGGAGGAGGAGCAGGGGGUGCAACUGGAGCUGCUGGGAUUUCUGGUGGGACACCCUUUAAAACCUAUCCUAUCAAAAUCAAUGUGAAGAACCAGCCUGAAGGGGCAAAGUUUGAUCCCAAAGUUAAAGCCAUUCAUGUCUCAGAGGGAAGCACCUCCUUCAACAUUAAAGAUGUUAUUGCCAGCUACCCUGCAAUAGAUGGAGACACUAGGAAACCCGCUCAAAAUGUCAGGUAUAUUAAGGGAUUCGACCCUAACAACUGGCUAACUAUUGACCCAGUCACAGCUGAGAUCAAACUGAACAAGAUGCCUGACAGGGAAUCUCCACACUUGGUCAAUGGGACAUAUUUUGCCAAGAUACUCUGCGUUUCAGAAGACACACCUGAUAAAACAGCCACUGGCACCAUAGCCAUCCAAGUGGAGGAUUUUAAUGACCACUGCCCCAUCUUGACAAGUAACAUGGAGACUAUGUGCACAACAGUGGAUGCUGUUAUAGUGAACGCUAAUGAUGAGGAUGCAUUUCCCAAUGGACCUCCUUUUGUGUUUGAGAUCCUCCCAGAAGGCACUAAGGGAAAAUGGCAAGUGGAGCAUCUUAAUGACACUGCAGCUAUCUUGCGGUCUCGGGAGUCUCUUUGGCCUGGUAUUUAUGAGGUGGAAUUUUUGGUGAAGGAUCAGCAGGGGCACAUGUGUCAAGAUCCACAGAAAGUCAAGGUUGAAGUUUGCACCUGUGAGGAUGGAAUCAUGUGUGGAAAAAAAGGCGCCAAGGGUCAGCCAAGCAAACAAGCGAAGUUGGGACCUGCAGGCAUUGGGCUGUUACUCCUGGGCCUAUUACUCUUGUUGUUGAUUCCGUUGUUGCUACUCUUCUGCAAAUGUGGAGGUGCUGCAACCUUCCCAGACCUCUUUACUGAGAUGCCAUUUGAUACAAAGUCACAUCUCAUCAACUACCAUACUGAACGUCAGGGAGAGAACACGGACGUGCCACUACUGAACUUGCCAACACAACUGGACGGAGAUGUCUUAAAUGUAGCCAUGGCUCAAAAACCUGUAGCAAUGGAUGCGUUGGGCAGUUUUGAUUUCGCACAAUCUGUUGGAUCCAUUAAUAGGCUGAACGGGGCUAACUACCAAGGUAGUUACAGAAAAGAAAUUUGGGGCAUGAACCAACAGGAUCCAAGUGGUUUCUACUCUGAGACUGAGACAAGAGAAUCGUUGGGAGGUGUAGGACUUUAUGAUGGGAUGGCUCUGCCAGACCACUUUUUGAGGCAAUAUUACGAUCAGAAAGUCACUGAUGGAAAUGAUAACCUUGGCGUGAAAGAUGGUUUGUUGGUGUAUGAUUAUGAGGGCCAAGGGUCCUCUGCUGGCUCAGUAGGCUGCUGUAGCCUUUUGGAGUCAGACAAUGAUCUUCAGUUUCUUGAUAACCUUGGACCAAAGUUCAAGACUCUUGCGGAGGUGUGCAGAGGCGAGAAAAUUUCUUAUGAUGACAAACAAGUGCCACCUCCUGUGUCUAAUGUCUAUAACAAUCCUCCAGCCUCAGUUUCAAGUUCAGUGAGUGUACAAAAACUGUCCCCUCCACCCAAACUGGAGCCAACCAUGCCCAAAGUGGAGCAGAGUAUGGUCGUGAAGACAACCAAGCAUUCUGAAAUGGCAAAGGAAAGUACAACUGCAGUGAGGGAAGGGAUGAAUACAAUGACAAGAGGGUUGGCAAAUCAAGGCCAGAUGGUCCUAAUACAGCAACAGCAGCCUGUCUACUACACAACCACUCCUGUGUUGCAGCCAAUGCAUUACGUAGUCCAACCACAGGUUCAGAACACUAUGAUCCUGGCUGAAGCACCAACCACCAACCUUCAAGGCCUGAUACUGGUUAACAACACGCAAUCUGGACCUGCCCAAGGAGUAUUUGUUCAGGGAAACACUCUCUUGUCCAGUGGACAAGCCCAGGAGCCCACCAUGGUGCUGGUGGAUAACAGUGGUGCCCAGCGGAGUCAUGCAAACUUGAUCCAAGCUACAAACUUGUCUGGCUCUCAGACCAUGAAGGUUGUAGAGGGUAAGGUCCCUGCAGGGUCAAUGAAAGUGCGGAAGGGGAAUCAGGCUUCCUAUGUUGAGGGAGGUCCUCUACAACCAGGAGACCUUCCUGGAUCUCAAAAAAUCCUAAUGGUCAGAGAGAACUUUGUUCAAGAUGCAAAUGGUCUGCCAAAGAAGGCUGAGGUCUUUGGCUCUGAAAGAAUUCUCUACAAGGACAGCCAAUCCACUGGCUCUAUGACCAGUAAGUUUGGGUCCUCUACUGUUACAGUAUCCGCUGGCCCUGUAUCCCACAAAGUACAGGAGAAAUUCACUUAACUGAGAAAGGCAAAAGUGCAAACUUUUGGCAAAGAUAUGUUCCAGGUCUAUUCUUAUGACUUCACUAUGUGCAUAUGAGGUUACGGGUGGGAGCUGUGCUGCUUAAUUUUCUUGUAUGCUACAUGGAAACAUGCAAAAGAUCUUUGUAAUGGUUUAAAUGUUUAAUAGUACAGAUAGUAAAUGAAAUGUUCAUUGCAAAUUGUUUAAUACAGUAUUCAACACAUUACAAUAAAUACUAGUAAGGUCUUUUCACUUUUCUUUUCACUUUAUAAACCACUACUAUUUCCUUGUGUCCUGUCUUUUUUCUGGUCUCUUCUCUUUCCCCUCAUUAUCAACUGGUCUCAGCAAACGACUGCCCCAGUUUGAGCCUGGUUCUCCCAGAAGUUUCUUCCUGUUAAAUGGGACGGGAUUUUUUUUCCUGUUGUUGAAUGCACUUGCUGUAGGGGUCAUGACUGCUGGUGUUUCUAGUGUAGGGGCUUUACCUUACAAUAUCAAGUGCCUUGAGACACUGGUUGUUGUGAAUUGGCUCUAAAUAAAUAAAAUUGAAUUAAUGGCUACAAAUAUAUAACUUUGUUAUAACCAUUAUUUUAACUUGUUUGUUUUCUUUCUAAUAUGGAAACUUUAUGAUGCGUGUGUAUGUUAACUGGACUAUCUGAACGUGAGAGAGUGACUGAUGGGACUACUUCCAGCUUAAAGAUAGCUGGCUCCUUACUAACACUGUGCAACUAAAGCCUCCAAAGUAGUCCUGCUGUGGUAUAGGGAAAAUCCUAUUUUGCUCUCCUUCAUACCAGCUUCAACUGGUUUGGCUUUACCUGUAGCUUUUGUUGUCUUGAGUGGGCUGAUUUUGCUCUGUUUGCUAGAUGUGGAGGCACAGGGGAAUUCAUAAGAUUUAUAUUCCUAAGAUAGGAAGCAAUUAGAAGUAAAUGUUGGAUAACAUGGGGACCCUGUUUUGUGUUGCAUGUUCACACACUUUCAACUCAGUAAUUCAUUGACAUUUUUCAGUUGUUUGAAUGUUGUAUUAGGGUUUCAUUCAUUUCCUUUUGAAUGUAUAAUUUUUAAUGGUUAGAAAUUGUAAAAACUCAAUCCAUUUAUUACCAUAUAUUUGAACACUCAUGUGGUGGCCUAAUAUCAAUGGUAAAGCAUGUAUUGGGGAAAAACAUUUAUGCUUAAGAUAAUAAAAUCUUUGGUAUGGAGCA